AUCCAAAUACAAACCUUAAAAGCAUUCUUUUUCUUCUCCCUACUUCUUUCCCCAUCUAUUUAUACACCUCUCUUUCCUUGGCACUUCCUCUUCAACAAACAAACAAACCCAAAAGAUCCAACUUUUUCCCCACUUGGAAGAGAGAGAGAGAGAGAGAGAGAGAGAGAGAGAGAGAGAGAGAUGGCACCCACUUCUAGGAAGUCUUACAAGCAAGAGAAUGAUUUAGAGAAGAGGAAGUUGGAAUCUGCAAAGAUCAGGGAUAAACAUCCUGAGAGGCUUCCGGUUAUUGUUGAGAAGGCGGGGAAAAGUGAUAUUCCAAAUAUUGACAGGAGAAAAUUCUUGGUUCCUGGUGAACUGAAUCUAGGGCAGUUUUCCUAUGUCAUUCGCAAGAGAAUUAACCUCAGUGCAGAAAAGGCCAUCUUUUUGUUCAUAGACGAUAUUCUUCCAACUACAGGAGCUUUGAUGUCUGCUCUCUAUGAGGAGCACAAAGAUGAAGAUGGUUUCCUCUAUAUUGUUUACAGUGGUGAGAAUACAUUCGGUUUUCAGACAAUGCUGUAGAAUUCCCCUCAUUGUUGCAUUCAUCGUCAGCCAGACCGAUUGCUUUAGUUUUUUCAUUUUUUUUUUUCUCUCGUAUGGUUAGUAUUUAUAGAAGGUUCACAGAGAGCUUUAAACUGUACAGUUUGCAAUCUUUAUAUAGUUUUUAUGAAAUCAUGUUGGUUUGAAUAAUCA